CAGACGCAUCUGGCGGAAUUGUGUAGUCUUACGUAACACCAUUUGUGUAUCAUGUUUCAUCACAUUGUGUUUGUGGUUACAGGAGGGAGCGAGGAAGUGAGCCUUUUAGAAAGUAGACAUAUCUCCACAGUGUUUGGAUAAGUCCACACCCGAAAGAGGAAGGGCCCUCAUUUGUGAUUGAUCCAAACUCCUCUGACUGUUCUGCAUUGUUAUCUAACCUUUAACUGAGAAACAUCAUGGAAACUGCAGGGAGGCUGAGGGAGUGUUCACAGUAAUUAAGACAGGAAAUCAGUGGUGGGUUUAAAACUUCCAUGAAGUGGAACAACUUCAGAAGGUGAUCCGCUGCAGAGCUGCAGUAGCAUGGAAGGCUGGGGAACCUCUUGUGAUGGAGGAGGUGGAGUUGGCGCCCCCUAAAGGUGGGGAAGUUCGACUUAAGGUUGUAGCAACAGGAAUCUGUCACACAGACUCUUACACACUAAGUGGAUCGGAUCCUGAGGGAGUGUUCCCGGUUGUGCUGGGCCACGAGGGAGCUGGCAUCGUGGAGAGUGUUGGAGAGGGAGUCACCAAGUUUCAACCAGGAGACACGGUCAUACCCUUAUAUAUCCCACAGUGUGGAGAGUGCAAGUUCUGUAAGAAUCCCAAAACCAACCUGUGUCAAAAGAUCAGGCUCACUCAGGGCAGAGGUUUGAUGCCGGAUGGGACAACCCGUUUCUCCUGCAAAGGCAAGAGCCUCUUCCACUUCAUGGGCUGUAGCACUUUCUCCGAAUACACUGUGGUGGCUGAGAUCUCACUGGCCAAAGUGGACCACAGAGCCUCCCUGGACAAGGUGUGUCUGCUGGGCUGUGGCAUCACCACCGGGUAUGGAGCUGCUGUAAACACAGCCAAGGUGGAGGCCGGCUCAACCUGUGCUGUGUUCGGCCUGGGGGCACUGGGUCUCGCUGCAAUCAUGGGCUGUAAAGCAGCCGGGGCAGCUAGGAUUAUUGGAGUGGAUCGCAACCCCGACAAGUUUCAAACUGCUCGAGAGUUUGGUGCCACAGACGUGGUGAACCCGAAGGACCACAGCAAACCCAUCCAAGAGGUCCUGGUGGAGAUGACAGAUGGAGGCGUGGACUACUCCUUUGAAUGUGUUGGCAAUGUAGCAAUCAUGAGGGCAGCACUGGAGGCCUGCCAUAAAGGAUGGGGCACCAGCAUCAUCAUCGGGGUGGCAGCAGCAGGGCAAGAAAUCUCCACCCGUCCAUUUCAGCUGGUGACCGGCCGCACCUGGAAAGGCACAGCUUUUGGAGGCUACAAGAGUGUGGAAAGUGUUCCCAAACUGGUGGAGGAGUACAUGAACAAGAAGCUGAAAGUCGACGAGUUUGUGACUCACACCCUGCCCUUUGAGAACAUCACUGAUGGUUUUGAUCUAAUGCAUGCUGGGAAAUGCAUCCGGGUCGUCCUUCAGAUCUAGAUGCAGAAGAUAUCACUCCAUGUUAAUGCUGCAUACUUUAAUAAAUCACUUUUCACUG